UAGACUGCGUACAUAUGACUUUCAGAUCUUUUAGCAGACUGAUUUUACUAGAAAGAAAAUACUACAAUGGUAAAGCUGAAUUCAGGUUCUCCAGCAUUUGCCUAUUUCUCACAGAAUGAAUGUGGCUGAUGAGAAACAUUCUGAUGUGGUCCAAGAAAACUGGGACAAAUUAAGAAGUUCUUUUGACAAGAAUUCAGACAUUUUUAAUAUUGAUGUGUUUCCCUGUUCAAGAGUUUUAAGAAAUGGUCCACAGUGCUCAGUUCAUGGAGUUUGCAGAGGUGGAAGACCAUGACGACUUUCACACUAGUGAAGAUGGAUAUAUUCACACACAGGACCAGCGAGGGGUUUACAUAAUAUAUGAUGUGGCUUUAGAGGACCUGAAGGAGGUUAAGUACCAGCUGCUGCUUGUGGCCAGCCAGUGCACUGAGAAAGAUAAAAGCAAUGUAACUUGUGAGCAAUUCAGUAGCAGCAACAUUCUUCACUGGGCACAUGCCUCUGUGGAUCAAUUUGCUGUGCUGCUUGACCUCUGGACCUGUGAAACUGCUCUCUUGGAAAAAAAAUGCCAGCUUCUAGAUGUUUACUCUGAAACUUACCAACAUGCUUUGGACCCAGAGGAAAGAUGCUUUGCCCAGCCAAUAACUGACAUCAUGCAUAAACGUCCAUGGUUUGAUCUCAACCUUGAAUAUUUUGUCAACACCUACAAAGAUGAAUGCAUCUGUUUACAACUUUACCUCCAAGUGCUGAGGGACAUAGUAAACCAACAAAUAGAUGCCCAGCGGGAUUAUGUCCACAAGAUUUGGCGGGAAGGUCAAAGAGGUGGCAUAGGUGAAUUUGGACUUCCUUAUAAUGUAAUUACUAAGCAGCUUAUCUCUCUUAAUACUAGCCAGUGAGUGAUUAUACAGUUUUAUUUCUCUGGAGAGUACCUCUUUCUGUUCUGGUUUCUGUAAUUGAUUGUAAAAAUUUGGGAUCUAGCACCUGAAAAUAAGACUAUUUGAAAAAAUGACAGUCUUAAGGUGAAUCAAGCAAUAGAUGAGUGUCACACGUUAUUUAGUCUCAUGCUAUUUAGAUAGCCAGAAAAACAUUCAAAGAAGAAAGUCGUUCCUCCCCCCUCAUGUUUACACUGCCCUUUCAUGACAAUGGAUUUGAUAAUUGCAUCUUGCAGUGCACCGGGACACUAAUAUUCCCAUGGGUAGACUAUUAAACAGUAGUGAUGAAGGUGGGUGCUGUGGUUAGACUACUCACUUCAGACUUGCUGCAUCAGUAUCCCGACCUGGCUUCACAACUUUCACGGCCCUUUGGCCGCAGUCUAUUGCUCUUUCCAGCACAACUGUCUAGCUGGAUGUGCGUGUACUCUGUUUUCACACGUGGAAUCCACAUCUUACCUGCAGUACAAACCUGCCACACGUUCCCCAUCCUGCAGCUGUGCAGCACUGUGUGUUAUGUGAACAGUUUACAUAGCAGCUAAUUAUACACCCAGAAGCCAACGGCCCCUUGCCUCUGGUCCCUUCUGGUUUCCUGCCUCUGUCUCCAGCUCCUUGGCCCUAUUCCUCCCCUGACACACAUUUUGAUUUUGUGUUGGUUAUCUGAGGGCUUAUUUUCAAGUGCAGUUUUAACAGGCGGGUAUAAUAGAUGUGAAAAUGCAGUUAAUACAACUGUCAGCUAAC